UGAGUUUUUGUUGCUUGUUUACCAAAGAUUUUUGCACUAUCCUCCGGUGUAUUUGUAUUGUAGAAUAUUGUAGUCUUAUUGUCUAAAAUUUGCAAAUGGUGUUGUCCCCGCUGCCAAAUAAUAAUCACAACAAUUAAUACUAUUAUUAAAGUAUUUUUGUGCGAAAAAUGUCAAGUUGGAAUAAUAUAUGUCGUGUUUGUACCAGUCCUGCUGAAUAUGAGCUUUUCGAGAAAAUACCAGCAUAUCUACAUGCCAGCUCAAAUGAUUUUCUGCAUUGGCAAAAACCAAUUAAUGUACUGCUUGAAGAGACAACGGGACUUAAGUGUGCCGAGAAUGAUGGAUUACCCAAAAAGAUAUGUGCACUUUGCAUUUCAUACUUAAAACAUGCAGUAUUCUUUCGUGAUCAAUGUAUUAAUAAUAGUUUGAGUUUAAAAGCUAUAGAUUUAUUGCGUCAAAAAAAGCAAAAGAACAAACAAAAUGUAGAUAAAGACAGUAUCUUGAUUACAGCACAACAGCUUAAUUUUACAAAUGAGCAUCAAGUAGAUACUAAUCUACUCAACAAUGCUUGCUCACAAGAUCAAGACAAAGUGUGUAAGCAACUGCUUAAUAAUACUGUACAAACGACAACACCCAGUCCACAAAAUAUCGAACAACAAAUGCGUUAUUUAAACUUACUAUUUAACAAAGACAAAAAUACCGGUCUGCAUACUUAUAAACGCAAAAAUGACGGAAUUAAAUUAGGUUUGGGAAAAGUCGAAGGCGGCGGUGAUGAUCCAUAUGCCGAAGAAGAUUUGGAAACAGAAUCUUCAAGUGAUGAAAUAGAGGCAGGCGCAAUGCCACAGAACGAGGACAUUUUCUCAUACAGUGAAACAAAUUUCCAAGAGGAUGAUAUUAUGAACUUAGACGAGUUGGGCGCUGCUAUCACUAUCAAUAUACCAGAAAGCUGCAAAGAGCGCAAAUGUCGUGCUUGUUUCCGGCGUUUUAUGUUCGAAGAUUCGCAUAACGAACACAUGAGCACAUGCAUCGAAUACAAAUUCCUUACAUAUAUCGAAGAAUUGAAUAAGCUACUGUACAUACGAAGAAAUAAGGCAGUGUCGCCACACGAAUUCGUGCGACGCAUGAUUUUUGCGAUACGCAAGACAUGUGAGUGGCUAAAACAAGCUAAUUGUGGUGACAUGUUACUGCCAGACUUGGUGCAAAACGGUAAUGGCGCCGAAGAUAAAAGUAGAAAGCCAUUGGAGGUUGAAUGUAAAAGCGCUGCGGCUACAUCAGGUGAACAAAAACAACCAAAACGUUCAAACGUGAAAAUUUUUAGCAAUGAUAAAUUGCGUAAACCCUUUGAAUUGCCAAAACAAGAAAAAAUGACUGAUUUACCAAAUACAUCACAUUCGAAUGUACUCGAAAAAACGACUAAAAUAACUGAGUCUUCUAUCGACAAUAUCUUAAGUAAUACUCAAAAGACAUUACGCACCGCAACUCCGACGCCUAUAACAAAAAGCAACAAUAUUUUAUAUGAAAUCGAACGUUCACAAAGCAGAGGAUCAAGCGUAUGCCCUAAUAUUGAUUUGGAAACGAAAGCAGUAGCUAAAAAGCCCAUCGCUGUUAUAACUGCUGCGAAAAACACAACAACUAACACAACAUCCACAACAGCCACAGGUAGUAGACCGUUGAACAGUGGCGCUAGCAAUGCUGGUGGUGGUAGUGGUGGUGACAUGCCAAGAGAUACCGCCGAGCGUUUAACAUUCCUGCAGAAAUUACAACGGGCAGCCAACCAAACACCAACAACUGCAAACUCCAAACACACUACGCCAGCUACGCCAAUGAUAAAUGUGCGUAAAGAUUUGACAACUGCUACGUUAUUUUCGGGCAGCGAACAAAACACUGCAUCGCCUGCUACAGCUACGCCAAAGACCAUUCCUACGACCAAUACGCCGUUACAUCGGAAUCUCAGCUUCAGUGCUCGUUGCAAUCCAUGCAAUCUACUUUUUGAAACACUCGCUGCACUUGAGGUACACAAUGCAAUGUAUCACAAUCAUAUGCCUAUAAUGUUUACAAGAACAACAACAGCGAAUACACAACAGGACGAUGCGGAGCGAGAGGCUGAACGUAGGCGUAUCAUCGCACUAUUCGAAGAUGAUGAUGACGACGACGAAGAGGCGGAAACUGGCGGUGUCUAAUGCCAUACAGUAUAAAAGAUUUAUUUAUUUAUAUUUUUUAAAAAUUUGACAACAAUUUGUAAGUCAUAAUUGUGUAAACAAACAAUCUGUUCAAUUCACUAAAUUAUUGUUUAUUAACUUUAACAAAUAUCGCUUGCGAUAUGCUUUAUUUCUAUGCAUAUGCAUAUUUUUAACACAUAUUUAUAACAAUUUGAUGUAAACAAAUAUUUUUGUUCAUUUAUUUGAGUACAUCAACAUUGAUUUUCUAACUUUGUGAUUUAAAGUCUGAACAAAUUGUAUCCAGAAUUUAUAUUUUUAUGUCGAACAACGGAUAUUUCCAAUUUUUUAUUUAUGAAUAUUUUAUAAACUCUUGGUAUAAGUGUCAUUUUGAAACAACUAAAUCAUUGUAAUAAAAUUGUAAUGUCCAGUAAUAAUCGCCAUAGCAUUUUUAAAAAUAUAUUGACUCCAAAGGCCUCACAGAGGUGUGCAAAUA